CGGAGCUUGCCUAGUGGAGGUGGGCCGACCGCGCGGACGUGACGUCAGGCGCCGCCAUGUCACUUGAGGGCGGCGACGGCACCCGGCCGGCCAUGCUGGCUACGGGCACGGCUCGGAUGGCGUCGGGGCGCCCCGAGGAGCUGUGGGAGGCGGUGGUGGGGGCCGCCGAGCGCUUCAGGGCACGGACGGGCACGGAGCUGGUGCUGCUGACGGCCGCGCCCCCGCCACCGCCCCGGCCAGGGCCCUGCGCCUAUGCUGCCCACGGGCGCGGGGCCCUGGCAGAAGCUGCCCGCCACUGCCUCCACGACAUCGCCCAGGCUCACCGGGUGGCCACUGCCGCGAGGCCCCCCGGCCCCCCACCGCCACCAGAGUUGCCCAGCCCUGCCCACAGCCCACCCCGGCCAGCCCUGCCCAAGGACGAUGACGUGGAGGAGGAGGCGACUGAGACAGAGACCUCUGGGGAGCGGCUGGGCACCAGCGACAAUGGAGGGCUCUUUGUGAUGGACGAGGACGCCACCCUGCAGGACCUGCCACCCUUCUGCGACUCAGACCCCGAGAGCACGGAUGAUGGUAGCCUGAGUGAGGAGGCGCCCGCCGGUCCCGCAGCCUGCUCAGUGCCCCCGGCCGCAACCCUACCUACCCAGCAGUAUGCCAAGUCCCUGCCCGUGUCCGUGCCCGUCUGGGCCUUCAAGGAGAAGAGGACAGAAGCACGGUCAUCAGAUGAGGAGAAUGAGCCGCAGCCCUCCUCGCCGGACCUGGACCGUAUCGCGGCGAGCAUGCGCGCGCUGGUGCUGCGAGAGGCCGAAGACACGCAGCUGUUCGGGGACCUGCCGCGCCCGCGGCUCAACACCAGCGACUUCCAGAAGCUGAAGCGGAAAUACUGAGGCCCCUCCGGGCGGGUGCUCUGCCUGGCCCGGCCCGAUCCGCACCCCACCCCCGCCGCGCCCCCGGGGCCCGCCAAUCCGAGCCCGGCCCGCGGCCGGCUUCCCGCGUGUCCCCGUGCCCUCAGUCCCUGCUGUUUUUACAUCCCCCACGAGCGAGCGAGCCUAACGGUUCCCCGACUGGGCCUGUCGCCGAUCACCCGGACCAGCGACAGCGUCUUCAUGCAGGGACUGGCCUUCCGCAGGGCGCGGCGAGUUCUAAACCUUCACUGGGUCAGCUGCGUCCCGUUCUGCCUAGCGACAAGGACUUUUGCUAGCACGGCAUUGGCUGCCACGGGAGAGCAGCCCAGCUCCGGGAUUGGGCAGUGGGCCGCCACUUCCGCUCAGAGAUUGGGCGACCGCCUCAUCCGAUUGGCUCGAACCAAAGGGCUUAACCAAUCUCUGAGACUCACCAUCAGCCCCGAGCGCUCCCGCCUGGUUGGUUCCCGCCCCCUGGGGCGUGGCCAAACCCUUCUCGUAUUCCCAGGAUUGGCCUGUGGCCUUAAGAUUACGUUUCUGUACACUACUGGGGCUGCGGUCGUAUAUUUGGACCCGGUCCUGAUAAUUUGCCCUUUGGCCCCCCAGGGAUGGCUCGGUCCAUCCUUGACCCCUCUCAUUGGUUCCAUCCCAGAAAAGCCUGCCAAUCGAAGACCGUCCUCGCAUCAGGACGGUACCAGCUCCUGCUCCUCUCUUGUUCUACCGUACAGGUGCCUUACAGGGCUCUCGUCCACCCAAGGUGGGGUCAAGGGCUCUCUCACUCUCUGGCCCUGGCGCGGGAGAGAGUGGUUGGUGGGAGCCUAGAGUUGGGAGGGGCUCACGGAGAUUAAAGAGUUUUACCUCUGAUAAAGGA